UCCCCUGUGUGGUGAACAGCAGCGGAUGACACAGCCGUGCAAAAAACGUCCCAGACUUUGGCUGAUUACCCUUGUCGCGUUUUUAUUUGGUUGCUACUUUCCUGCAGUGUUUGUAACACCAGAACAGCCAGAUCACAAGGAGCUUUCACGGCGGCAGCUUCUGCCAUUGCUAGGGCUCGCUUGCUUACCACUGGCGCCAAAUUCCUGUGAUGCAGAAGCGAUUUGGCGCUCGCUGCCGGCAGCAAGCAUCCAAGACAUCCAAGAUGCCUACCCUGGCCGUUUUGUGGCAUAUUUGACUCGCUUUUUGCUGAAUUUUGAUUCCGACUUCCAAGAGCUCUGGAAGGCUACCAAGGAAGCGGAAGUCAGCCUUGGAAAUUUGGAGUCGCAGGAAUUUCAGCGAAAUGCACGUUUUGCACGGUUUUCGCGAACUGUGCAGCUCUCGCUCUUAAAUUAUCCUCCAGACAAGAGCCGGACGCUGCUGGAAGUGUUGCUGAAAGACUACGGGAUCACAAUGGAAGCGAAGCGUCAGAUUUGCGUUCUGUUUUCGCUCCUUCAGGGGCCCCAGCAGCAACCCGUAGCGGAACUCAGAACUCUGCUAAGACAAGUCGAGAACGCAUCCAUUGCCCAGGUCGACAUUGUAGACCCGGGCGCCUUCGUUUUCAAAGAGCAAGAGUCAAACGAAACGGAAGUUGCCAAUGUCUCCAAAGUGGAGCUGAAACUUCCAGCGCCACCCGGGAUAGGCGGCAUUUCUGCGGUUGUUUUUGCUCAGCUUCGGCCAACAAAUGGUUCAAAUGGAUCGCUUGCCGUUGACUCCGUGGUCGUAACGAACAAAGGCUGUGGCUAUGCCAAAGACAUGAGUUUGGUUCCUAAGGUUGUGCUGCCGGCAGACUUGAAGAUGCUUCGUGCUCCGAACCUGACUGUCCAGCUAACUCGGCCUGCCCGUCUCGCGCGCAUGCGGGAGAAAGAGGCCCCUCCUGAUCAAUUGAAGAGCAAGAUGACAAAUCUUCUUCCACCGUUUCUUCUUCCUGUGUACAAUGCCAAACUUGACCGCCUGGUGCCAGAUCAGAGUUUGCCUUUGACACCAGAUCCAACGCCACCAGAAGAGGGAAGGCGUUUGGACGAGGUUUUCGGCACUGGAAGGCAAGUGGACCGAUUUCGGGCUGACUUUGUUUUUGCCGAGUUUGAUUCGACAUAUGGUCCGGUUGGAAUCUCGCCAUUGGAGCGAGAGCGGCAACUCUUCCCCUCGGACUAUUUCCGACUCAUGGCCUCUGGUGCUUUAGCAAGUGUGGUGAGGACAAUCCUCUUUCUGCCAGUCCAGACUGUGAAGGUCCGCAUGCAGACAAAUCCUGAUCUUGGACAAAGAGGCUUCAUUCCUGCUUUGAAGUAUGUCGCAACGUCAGAGCCGAGCAGCAAUCUGUUCCGUGGCAUAGAUGUUGCUGUGAUGUUCUCAGCCACAUUUGGCUUUUUCAGCUUCGGCAUCAAGGAGUACCUCUCCCGAGAGCUUGUGAUCCAGUUUCCUGGUUUGAAUGAGCUCUUUGCGGUUAUCCUCGCUAGCAUCGCCAGCGUCGUUAUCACCUUGUUCUUUGCCACUCCGUGGGAGGUACUGACUACCAAAAUUAUGGCUAGCAAUGACCGCUAUUGGGGAUUUGGGCUUCUCAAAGAUUUGGUGGCAAAGAACUUCCUAAAGGCCGCCCAGGAGCUGUAUGAGGAAUAUUGGCUUUUGACCAGCAAGGAGCUUGCCUUUGUGACGACCAAGUUCUUAAUCUUCGACUCUUUGCGUGAAGCGUUGCUAUUCUUCGUCCCAGCCUUUGUUGAGGCGCAGCCGUUGUUGAUAGCUUGCCUUUGCGGUGCUUUAGCUGGGGCCUGUGGAGCGAUAACAUCGCAUCCCAUUGACACACUCUUUGCGCUCCGAACAACAGGUGGCGGCAAAGAUAUCCCAAGCCUUGACAAGCUGUUUCGAGGAGUUGGGGCCAGAGUGCUCAUUUAUUCACCUGGCAUUGCGUUGACCUUUUUAGUGUACGAUGCUGCCAAAACAUAUUUGGGAGUUGGUGGCAGCGCCUUGAUGCAAACCUUGGACUUGCUGCGGCCAUAACUUGCCGGCGAAGAUGACUUGUGAUGAGUCGUGAUGAUUCUGCGCUUCACUGUGUCUAGCGCUCCUAAAUUCUGGCGCGCUUUAGCAAGCUGUGUGCUGCAAGGGCUUUUUUUGCCCUUGCUGAUCAAUUGUUUGAUAGUUUUAUAUAGUUUUCAUAUUCACGGGUUGAGCAGCAGAGUGCGUGCAGUGCUGCUCCCUUGCUCGCAGUUUGAUUUGUUCAUUUAGAUAGCCUCACGCAUUUCAGCGAUCGUUCUCGCGAUAUCCGGAGAUGGGAGGGAGAUAGACGCUCGAAA